UGCGAGGUGAGUGUGACCUUGUCCUGGGUGCCUAUGCGGCGGGCGGGGGUUCUGGGCUGGGCUCGGGACCCUCCUUUUCUUGGCGGGGUUCGGGCGUGCGGUCCCGGUCCCCGUAAUGUACGGAGGCAGAGGGAGAGGGCUCCGGCCCCCUCGGCGUCAUGUCUUCGGUGCCGGCGGUGUCCAGUCCGCCGGUUCUAUCCUCAAGCGCCGGGACACGGAUCUCCGAGGAGCGGGGCAGAACCCAAGUCCCGCGGCCCCUCCCCCGGGGUGCUCAUUCCUUCUCUUCUUGUUUCAGGUCGGAAGCCGCCACGGGAUCCGGAGCCGUCCUGUCCCCUCCUCUUCCACUCCCCGUUGUAACCAAUAAAGGCCCAGGCCGCUCGUACCGCCUAGGCUUCGGCGGGGAGUUCGGGCGACCUUGCCGGCAUUCCCGGAUGGCCGCGCUGCGACGAGCCCUCCACGAGGCCGCCCUGGCUGCGGGGACGCGCCGCACCCUGGCGGGCUCCCUGGCCGGUAGCUGCCUGGCGGACCGCGGCCUCUGGGAUAAGCUCCACGCCCAGCCCCGGCCGGGCGGAGUCCCCACCUUCGACUGGUUCUUUGGGUACGAGGACGCUCAGGGCCUCCUCCUGCCGCUGCUGCGGGGAGCCCAGGCCGCCUGCCCGCGGCGGGUGCUGGACGUGGGCUGCGGGACCUCCAGCCUGAGCGUGGGUCUCUAUGCCAAGUGCCCACACCCGGUGGACGUGCUGGGGGUGGACUUCUCUCCCGUGGCCGUGGCCCAUAUGAACAACAUCCUGGAAGGUGGCCAAGGCCAGACACUUCUGUCCCCUGGGCACCCUGCCUCCCGCCUCCGCUUCAUGCAGGCUGAUGCCCGGAACCUGGAGCCACUGGCUUCCGGCUCCUUCCAGCUGGUGCUGGACAAGGGCACCUGGGAUGCUGUUGCCCGAGGUGGUCUGCCCGGGGCUUCCCGGCUGCUGUCCGAAUGCCUGAGGGUCCUAAGCCCGCAGGGGACGCUCAUUCAGUUCUCAGACGAGGACCCUGACGUGCGGCUUCCCUGCCUGGAGCAAGGGUCCCCAGGGUGGAGUGUGACGGUGCAGGAGCUAGGCCCGUUCAAGGGCAUCACCUACUUUGCUUACUUGGUUCAAGGCUCUCAGUAAAGACAUGGUCUUGACCCUAGAGUUUGUUGGGUGAGGAGAGACGGAGGGAGCUUUGUCUUUGCCAGAUGGCUGGAGGGUUUUAGUCCCGGCUGCCAUGUCGACUAACCAGGUGCACCCAGUUUUGACUGCCCAUUAACUCACCAGCAAGGUAUAACUGCAUACAUGGAUAGCUGGAACCUUUAGCAGAACCAGGCCCACAGAGAAGAUAAUGGGUUAUCCCCCAGCCCUAUCUAAUAGGAACUUCUAAAAGCAGCAGGAGGCAGCCAAUGGUUCUCCCUUAAAGAAUUCUUUAUCCACAUCCCAGCUUCCACUGAUGUGUGACCCAGUGGCCUAUCCUCUUGAGUUCAUUUUUCUCACCUGCAGAAGGGAAAGAGUGAAAGGACGGGCAGAAGCCCUCACAGGCAAACCCAAGGUCCUAGGUGAAACGUUGAGAGAGAACAGCAACCUCGGCUCCUGGGCAGGAGUUGGCGGCAUCCUCUGAGUGGCUUCUGCGGCCUGUUGGUCCCAAAGAGGCCUGGGAUUGGGAGCUUCCUGACACUGUCCGGGGGAUCCAGCAGGCAUCUCGCUCUACCUGUUCUGCCCCGAGCAGAGUUCUGGAUUACAGGUUCUUAUGAGAGAUCUGGGGUCCAGUGGGCUGCAUGUCCAAUCCGGGUUGGGGAGGGGAGUUAAAGAGCCCAUUAGCAGUGAGAUGUUACUGAUACAUUGAAUUUUUUAAAAACUAAAAUGAACUUGUGAUCUGUUUUCACUUCAGGUCAAAUAAAUGUUUUCUUUUUACUAAAAAA